UUAGUCAAGUGUUGUGUCAGYCAAUCACGUGUUUCACGUCAUUCGGUUUUUUUCGAAAUAAAUACCAAAUAAAACCACAAAAAAAUAAAAUGUUUUACUAUUAAAAGCUGACAAUUAUUUUAUUGGUUGCAGUCAUCAUAAUCACUGGCCAAUUAAUCGGCCAAUUGACCAACAAACACAUCGCACACACACACUCACAUCACAGUAAUGUCAUCGCCGUUACCGCCGCUAAAACAGCUGGUCUUACAGCURGUCUGGCUGUUAACCCAUGCGGUGAUCACUAUCUGUCUGGAGGUCUACUAUCUGGUCGACUGUUAUGUCCGCCGCCGACGUGGACGACGACGGCGACGACUACAAGAUAUCGGCGUGAACAACGACGACGACGACCUCAUUGCCAAAGAUGUCGGCCAAUUGAUGUCCCGAUUGACAAAAAUGCCGACACAUAUUGCCGUUUGUCUACACGAAGACCGUAUAGACCCGAAWAAGUUGAUCCAAUUGAUCCAUUGGUGUCGACAGUUUCAAAUAAAAUACGUGUCAUUGUUUAGCGAUAUGUCAUCGGAUAUCAUCGCAAACAAUUUAUUGUCGACACAUGCAAUCAACGGUCGCAUCGAUGGCAGUCAACAACAACAACAGCAGCAGCUGAUCCCGACAAGUMUYGACAAUAAAACUAAGUCUACUAAUAAUAAUACAAAUGGCUAUAAAUUAGGKACCGAUAGCUAUGUUUGCCGCCGGCCUUUAGACAUAUCAGUGGACAACGACAACAAUGAGAACCUGAAGAUUGCUGUCUUUACGCAUACGGAUUCACGGGCUAGUAUUGUCCGGGCGGCCAAACARCUGACACGCACCGGAUCGCCGGCUAUCGAGUUGGCCGACAUUACGCGACAAUUGAAAAAAACCUAUGAGUUUCCUGAUCCCGAAUUACUCAUAUCGUUUGGCCAGUCGACCGGCGUCUAUGGCUACCCGUUAUGGCAGUUAAGGUUAACCGAAAUCUAUUUCUAUCGAUCGUUACGGGACUUCCAGUUCGACAUGUUUUACGAAACUCUGGCCAAGUAUUCAAAAUGCGAACAAAGAUUUGGAAAAUAAUUUGAAA